AUGAAGAGAUGAUGCAGAGCUGCAAAAGAUAAGAUUUUGAGAUAUUCAUGAGUCCAUGGAAUCCCACUCUGCAUAUUUUCUUCUCCUCAUCUUCUUCUUCUCUUCCACAAUCUAUUCCGAAGCGUCGCCUUCGUUUGGGAAUGGCAGCGAUUACUACGUGCUUACAGCUUUGAAGAACCAACUUAUGCAGAAUAGCUCGAGCAUUCUCCACUCAUGGAAUGACUCCAUUGAGUUCUGUUUGUGGAAGGGAGUUUCAUGCAGUGGUAACAGAGUGAAAGCAUUGCAACUCAGCUCCCAGGGCUUGAAUGGCCAACUUCCUCCGGCCAUUAGCAACCUCACCUUCCUCAGAUGGCUUGAUCUCAGCCUCAACUGGAUCAAUGGCAAUAUACCACCGGGCUUGGGCAAUCUACAACAGCUCAAGUAUCUCAACCUGAGUUUCAACUCAUUCAAUGGCGCAAUUCCUAUCAACUUGACUCGUUGCUUAAAACUUGAAGUACUUGACCUGAGUGGCAACUGGCUCAACUGGACAAUUCCCCAAGAAAUCAGCUCUCUUUCAGAGCUUAUAUAUCUUGAUCUAUCAAACAACAGCAUCAAUGGUGGCCUUCCACCUUCGCUUGGAAAUCUUUCUUCAUUGACAACACUUCGGCUGGGACAAAACAAUCUGCAUGGAAGCAUCCCAACAGAGAUUGGUAGACUGACCAGACUAGUUGGGCUUCUUGCGCAUUCUAAUUUUCUUACAGGAACCAUUCCAAAUUCAAUAUACAACCUGUCAUCCCUGGUCGCCAUUUCGUUGACUGCUAAUAACUUAACUGGUGGGUUCUCAAUCAAUACUUUUGAUCAUCUUCCAAAUCUCCAUCUCCUCUACUUAGGCGGAAACAACCUCAAUGGAUCCCUUGUAGCUCUGUCAAAUGUGACAAGUCUUUCUGAAAUUGAUUUGGGUAUUAACAGAUUCACAGGAAAGAUGCCAUUAUUUGGUAGGAUGCAGUCCCUCACUUUACUUGGUCUGGGAACCAACGAGCUUCAAGCAGAUGAUGCAGAAGAUUGGAGAUUUAUUGAUUCUUUGGCUAACUGCACCAAUCUAGAGGUGCUCAGUAUUGAUUCCAAUAGGCUUGGGGGUACACUGCCAAAAGCCAUAGGUAAUCUUUCCACCCAACUUCAGUUUCUGUCGUUCGGAUCAAAUCAAAUCUCAGGAACCAUACCUUUCGAAAUAGAGAACCUUGUCAAUUUAAAUAUGUUGGGCAUGGAGACGAAUUUACUCCAAGGUACCAUACCUCAGAAAAUUGGGAAGCUUUCCAUGUUAGAAACCUUGUCUUUUGGCAGAAAUAAUCUUUCAGGACCUAUUCCCUCCUCUUUGGGCAACCUUACAGGACUUACUGAGUUGGAUCUUGGUGAUAAUCAGUUAACUGGUUCCAUACCAGUGAGCCUAGGGAAUCUUAAAAGACUGAAUUUUUUAAGCCUCAGUAACAAUAAUCUUAACGGCUCUCUGCCAAAAGAAGUUGUUAGCCUCUCAUCCCUGUCGCGGUACCUCGGCUUUUCUCAGAACUCUUUGGAGGGUUUUCUGCCACCAGAAAUUGGGAGCUUGGUGAAUCUUCAAAUUAUUGACUUUUCUUAUAACAAUUUAGUGGGGCAAAUACCUAAAACACUUGGAUCCUGUUUCAGGUUGUCUGUUAUUAACAUGCAGAACAACAACUUCAAUGGCACCGUUCCUCCUACUUUAAGCAACUUGCAGGAACUGCAAAUUUUAGACCUUUCGGAAAACAAUUUUUCUGGCUCCAUUCCUUAUUUUUUUCAAAAUCUAAAGGCUCUGAGUUACUUGAACCUGUCUUAUAACCACUUUGAAGGCCAAGUUCCUGAAAAUGGGAUCUUUCAGAAUGCUACAGCAAUCUCUCUGGCAGGCAAUGCUGACAUUUGUGGAGGAAUUCAAGAACUUCAUCUUCAGAAAUGUGUGUUAAAUGCACCUCCGAGUACUAAAAAUAAAUCUCUUCUUAUGAAAAUUUUGAUCAUCGUUGCUUGCCUGCUGAUUCUUCUGGCCCCCUUGACAUGCUUUGCUUUCCUUUGCCAGAAACGAAAGCUGAGAAAGAAAUCAUCUUUGAAUUCUUCUUCCCAUCAUUCUUUCUUCGGUGAUUCAUUUCCUAGAAUUUCUCAAGCUGAUUUAGCCAAAGCUACUGGUGGUUUCUCUUCUACCAACCUCAUUGGCAGAGGAAGAUAUGGAUCAGUAUACAGAGGACAUCUAGGCAGCGAAAGAACAGCUGUGGCUGUCAAAGUUUUCAACUUAGAAAUACAGGGUGCUUACAAGAGCUUCAUGACUGAAUGCACAGCUCUGAGAAGCAUUCGCCAUCGCAGAGUUAUCAAGGUUCUCACAUCCUGCGCAAGCAUCGAUUCUAGCGGCGACGAUUUCAAAGCUCUGGUGCUUGAAUUCAUGCCUAUGGGGAGUUUGGACGCAUGGCUGCAUCCUGAAGAAGAUGAAAGCGACAAAAAAUGCAGCUUGAGCCUUCUACAAAGAUUGAAUAUAGCCAUUGAUAUAGCCGAGGCAUUGGAGUAUCUUCAUCAUAACUCUCACCCACCAGUAAUUCACUGUGAUAUAAAACCUGGUAACAUUCUGCUUGAUGAAAACAUGAGUGCUCGUGUAGCUGAUUUUGGGCUCGCAAAGAUGUUUUGUGAAGCUGAAAACCGGGCUCUUCAGGAUUCAACCUGCCUGAGUGGAAUAAAUGGAACAAUUGGCUAUGUUGCUCCAGAAUAUGGUGCGGGUGGUCAUCCGUCUACCUUGGGGGAUGUUUACAGCUUUGGAAUUCUUCUUCUAGAAAUGCUUACAGGAAGAAGACCGAUUGAUGAUAUGUUUAAAGAGGAAUUCAGUCUUUCUAAGUUUGUAGAGAGCUCCUUUGAAGAUAACAUUUUGGAAAUUUCGGAUCAAAAGAUGGUUUUUCAUGAAAUUCAUGAAGAGAACAUGAGCAAUUUGGAACAAGCAAGAAGAAUUUCUGAACGUUUGGUCUCUGUGGCAAAGGUUGGGCUUAGAUGCUCACAGGAAUUGCCACAGGAAAGAAUCUGCUUGCGAGAUGCUGCAGCCGAGUUAAAUGAUAUUAGGAAUACCUACCUCUGUUCAAGAGCUUAGGUGGGGAAAGUUCUUUGUUUUAACUCGGAUCUGCUUCAGAUGGAGUAAUUGG